AUGGGCAACAAACAUGCCAGCCUGGAUGAUAUACUGGCAGAGGACAUGCACCACUGGUACAACAAGUUCAUGAGGGAGUCUCCAUCAGGCCUCAUCACACUCUUCGAGCUCAAAGCAAUUCUCGGGCUGCAGGGGAUGAGUGAGGAUGCCAACAGUUAUGUGGAUCAGGUCUUUUUCACCUUCGACAUGGAUGGGGACGGCUACAUUGACUUUGUGGAAUACAUUGCUGCCAUCAGUUUAAUGCUUAAGGGAGAAAUUAACCAGAAACUCAAGUGGUACUUCAAACUCUUCGAUCAGGACGGCAAUGGAAAAAUUGACAAAGAUGAACUGGAAACUAUAUUUACGGCUAUACAAGAUAUUACCCGAAAUCAUGAGUUGGUCCCAGAGGAAGUGGUGGCGCUUAUAUUUGAAAAGAUUGAUGUGAAUGGAGAAGGCGAACUCACACUCGAGGAGUUCAUUGAAGGAGCCAAAGGACAUCCAGAUAUUAUGGAAAUGUUGAAGAAACUGAUGGAUCUCACUCCUGUCUUAGUAAUUAUUGUUGAAGGACGAAAGAAAUGA